AUGUUCCUCUUCUCCCGUAAGACCAAGACACCCAUCAGCACAUACACUCACUCCUACAGGGCUCCUACCUCCAUCAAAGAGGUUUAUAAGGACCCACCUUUGUGGGCGUGGGAGGCUAACAAGUUUGUGACUCCGGGUUUGACUCACACAAUGCGUCGGCAUGUGGAUCCUGAAGCCCUGCAGAAGAUGGCCAAAUGUGCUACACAGAACUCCAGGUUUAAGAGUUCCAUAUCAGGCCACCCUUACUUGCCUGAAAAGUACUGGCUCUCUCAAGAGGAAGACGACAAAUGCUGCCCAGGCUACCUAGGCAGUGACCGAUACAACACCUGGAGGACAGAACCCAACAGCACCUACUGGAACAAGUACACCUGCCUUCCCCCAUUAUCUAAGGAGACCGGGAUGGACACCGUGGAGCGAGGAAUGCCCUUGGAGUACCCUCCUAAGCCGGAGCGCCUCAAUGCCUACGAGCGGGACGUAGUGGUGAACAUGCUGGACUCGCUGUCGCGGAACAAGCAGCUGCCGCAGAUCGCGCCUCGCUGCGGGUGCGUGGACCCGCUGCUGGGCCGCCAGCCGUUCCCGGGGUACGAGAGCGCCUGCUCGGGCCGCCACUACUGUCUGCGCGGGAUGGACUACUGCACCUCCGCCCGCGGGGCUCCGUGCACCGAACGCCGCCUGAGGCCUCUGGGCCCGGAGCUGCCGACUGUAAGGAGUAUGUUGCCCUACGAUCACCGGCCCGGAAUGCAGUGUGCUGUUACAACUCCCCCGCCCUCAUACUACCCAUGUCCCAACCUUAGAUGGGACACAAGUCACUUCAAGAAGACAGGUGGUCCCCAGAGAAACAACUAUGUCGUCCACCCUGAGUUUGUGUCAGAGGCCUAUCCUGACUACCAUUGCUGGUAAAGUCUUGGCCAGGCCAAAGGGGUAAAGCAAUAAAAGAACUCUUCACCCA